GUUGCUCGCCGCCGCUCGCCCUUCCCCGCUGCAUCUUUCAUGGCAACAUGGCGAUGCCGGCGCAGCCCCGCCGCGCGGCUCCCCUCGGCCCGCUCCUGCUGCUCCUGCUGCUGGCCGCCCCCGCCGCCCAGGGCUACAGCUUCCCGCAGCACUACACGAUGCAGUACUGGACCAGAAGGCUGGAGCAGGAGAUCGAUGGAGUGAUGAGGCUAUUCGGUGGUGUCCAGCAGCUCAGAGGGAUCUACAAUGACAACAGGAACCUGUUCGAGGUCAAGGAGAACGUCCCCAAGAAAUUAGUGGAAAAAGUGUCGGGAGACAUUGAGAGCCUGUUGGCCAAGAAAGUUCAGGCUUUAAAGAGACUCGCUGGUGCGGCUGAGAAGUUCCAGAAAGCCCACCGCUGGCAGGACAACAUCAGGGAGGAGGAUAUUGAAUACUACGACUCCAAGGCAGACACGGAAUAUGACGAUCCAGAGGGAGAAGAGAUAGAAAGGGAGAAGUCCAACUCCUUGAAGCUGGAGUUUACCGAAGAUGUGAACUUCAAAACCAAGGUUAACUAUUCGUAUGCUGCCGUGCAGAUCCCUACGGACAUCUACAAAGGCUCCACCGUGAUCCUCAAUGAGCUGAACUGGACUGAAGCCCUGGAGGACGUGUUUAUCGAGAACCGGAAGGAAGACCCAUCUCUGCUGUGGCAGGUGUUUGGCAGCGCCACUGGCGUGACCCGCUACUACCCAGCCACCCCCUGGAGGGCUCCCAAUAAGAUCGACCUGUACGACGUCCGCAGGAGGCCUUGGUAUAUCCAAGGGGCCUCCUCUCCAAAGGACAUGGUGAUCAUCGUGGACGUGAGUGGCAGCGUCAGUGGCCUCACACUGAAGCUGAUGAAGACGUCAGUCUGCGAGAUGCUGGACACCCUUUCGGAUGACGACUACGUCAACGUGGCUUCGUUUAACGAGAAGGCAAAACCUGUGUCCUGCUUCAAGCACCUGGUCCAGGCCAACAUCCGCAACAAGAAAGUCUUCAAGGAAGACGUGCAGGAGAUGGUGGCCAAGGGGACGACCGACUACAAAGCCGGCUUUGAGUACGCCUUUGACCAGCUGCAAAAUUCCAACAUCACGCGAGCCAACUGCAAUAAGAUGAUCAUGAUGUUCACGGAUGGCGGGGAAGACCGGGUCCAGGAUGUGUUUGAGAAGUACAACUGGCCCAAUAAAACGGUGCGAGUGUUCACCUUCUCGGUGGGGCAGCACAACUACGACGUGACCCCCCUGCAGUGGAUGGCUUGUGCCAACAAAGGUUACUACUUCGAAAUUCCCUCCAUUGGAGCCAUCCGAAUCAACACACAGGAGUACCUGGACGUGCUGGGGAGACCCAUGGUCCUGGCAGGGAACAAAGCAAAACAGGUUCAAUGGACCAAUGUCUAUCAGGAUGCUCUGGGCCUGGGCUUGAUGGUGACCGGCACCCUGCCAGUGUUUAACCUCACGGAGGAUGGCAGCAGCAACAGGAAGAACCAGCUCAUCCUGGGCGUGAUGGGAAUCGACGUGGCUCUCAAUGACAUCAAGAAGCUGACGCCGCGCUACAACCUAGGGGCUAACGGCUACAUCUUCGCCAUCGAUCUCAAUGGAUACGUCCUGCUGCAUCCAAACCUGCAACCUCAGAUCAUCAAUUUCCGAGAGCCCGUGACCCUGGACUUUCUGGAUGCUGAGCUGGAGGAUGAGAACAAGGAGGAGAUCCGUAGAAGUAUGAUCGAUGGCAGCGAAGGGCAGAGAGUCAUCAAGACCCUGAUCAAAUCCCUGGAUGAGAGAUACAUUGAUGAAGUCAUCAGGACCUACACCUGGGCCCCUAUCAAAAGCACCAAUUACAGCCUGGGGCUAGCCUUGCCACCUUAUAGCACGUACUACAUCCGGGCAAACCUCAGCGACCAGAUUCUCCAAGUGAAGUUACCAAACAUCAAAAUGAAGGAUUUUGAAUUCCUGCUGCCAAACAGCUUUGAGUCCGAGGGACAUGUAUUCAUUGCUCCCAGAGAAUAUUGCAAAGACCUUGACCUGUCGGAUAACAACACAGAAUUCCUGGAAAACUUUAUCGCCCUCAUGGAAAAGGUGACCCCAGACUCCAAACAGUGUGACAACUUCCUCCUUCACAACCUGAUCCUGGACACAGGAAUCACCCAGCAGCUGGUGGAGAGGGUGUGGAAGGACCAGGACCUCAAUACGUACAGUCUCCUGGCCGUGUUUGCGGCCACGGAUGGUGGCAUCACCCGAGUUUUCCCUAACAAAGCUGCCGACGACUGGGAAGAGGACCCGGAACCCUUCAAUGCCAGCUUCUAUCGGCGCAGUCUAGACAACAGGGGGUAUAUCUUCAAACCGCCCUUCCGGGACCCCAGCUACAGAGGGCUGGAGCUCGAAAACAACACCAUUGGGAUCCUGGUCAGCACAGCCGUGGAGCUCAGCAUUGGCGGGAGGACCCUGAAGCCAGCAGUGGUUGGAGUGAAGCUUGACCUGGAGGCUUGGGCUGAAAAGUUUAAAGUCCUGGCAAGUAAUCGGACAGACCGGGAUCAGCUGGGAACGCGCAGGUGCGACCCCUCCACGAGCUGCGAGAUGGACUGUGAGGCCAACAACAAGGACCUGAUUUGCGUUCUCAUUGACGAUGGAGGCUUUCUGGUGCUCUCCAACCAGGAAGAUCAUUGGUACCAGGUGGGGAAGUUUUUCAGCGAAGUGGAUGCUAAUUUGAUGUCUGCCCUCUACAACAACUCCUUCUUCGCACGGAAGGAGUCCUACAACUUCCAGUCGGUGUGCACCCCGGAAGCUCAGAGCAACACAGGAGCUGCCCCCAGAGGGGUGUUUGUGCCCACCAUGGCAGAUUUCCUGAACCUGGCUUGGUGGACAUCAGCCGCCGCAUGGUCUUUGUUCCAGCAGCUCUUGUACGGCCUCACCUACAGCAGCUGGUUUCAAACAGAGGAUGUCACAGCAGACAGCAUGGAGUCCAGAGAGACCAGCUGCAUCAUGAAGCAGACGCAGUACUACUUCAGCACUGUCAACGCCACCUAUAAUGCUAUAAUUGACUGUGGAAACUGCUCCAGACUGUUCCACGCACAGAGGCUCGCCAACACCAAUCUGCUGUUCGUUGUAGCGGAUAAGCCGAUGUGCAGCCAGUGUGAGUCCACCAAGCUCCCUCAGGCGGAGAUACGAGCUCCACCGAGAGAUCCAAAUCAGUGUGAGCUGGUAGACAAGCCCCGGUACCGGAAAGGCCCCCACAUCUGCUUUGACUACGAUGCAGCGGAAGAUACCUCAGACUGCGGCAGAGGGGCCUCCUUCAAACCCUCCCUCAGCGUCUUGUUGUCCCUGCAGCUGCUGCUCCUCUACUUGACUGCCAGCCGCCAGCCUCUGUCCUCAGCAUCUUGCCUUUAAAACAUCCAUCUGGUCCAACCCAUCCAUUUUUCUUUUGUUUAAAACUCCAUCUCCAUUCUCUCCAGGCGUGUUGGAAAAGGGCAACUUCUUCUCGUCCCAUCCGCUCUGGUUACACCUUGGCUGUGGCUCAUGAGGACCUCCUCUCGCUCCACUGAGGAGCCUGGAAUAUCUUUUUAUUUUUCCUUUUGCUUUGUUUCCCAUCCUCUGCAACCUGGCCUUGCCUUUCUAGCGUCUCUGUGCAGCAGGUUGGCAAGAACUGAGCUUGAGCAAGACUUGGGGAAUCACAACCCAUUUGAGGCUUCUGUUCUUCAGACAGCGAGCGUCCUUGAGCUCUUGACUCCUUGACCCCGUCCUCUCCCUUCCAUUGAGCUGUUGGCCAAAUACGAAGAACAGUGACCUGGUUUUUUGGUUCGGUUUUCUUUUUUUUUCUCUUUUCCCUCAUGGAACCUGUGGAAUUCUGGGAGAUUUUGUAGUUUCCAUUGAGAGACGUCUUACCAUUUUGCUGUCUUAAAGUAUUUAACCAACACCGAUGCCGGAUUACUCUUGUAUUUGAGAUAAUCCGCCCUCCUGCCCUUCCCAUCCAAACAAAAACACAAAACAAAAUAGAAGAGAAAAAAAAGGGUGUUUUCUUGCCAAAUCGAGACAAGUCUUGUUAACUUCUCAACCAAUCACCGUGGCUUCUUGAACUAAAAAAACAACCGAUGUUAUAUUUUAUAAUGUCCUCAUUUGCUUCUCCAUGCCACCCAAUCCCUAGGUGCUUUCCAACACCGUCCCGUCCAAGUCUCACCUUAUUUACAUCCAUCUUAUCCCAAUCUUCAAUUAUUAUUUUGUAGCCUGAGGAUUUUAAACCAUAUCUUUCUACAUCUGCUUUCCAACGUUUUAGCCUGAAGAAGUACAAAUAUUUAUUGUCAGCAACAAGGACACACACACAAAAAAAGAAACUUGAAUUGAAUGUCAUGGUCAGUAUUAUUUAUUUAAAUUGAUAACUCUGUAGUGGGGAAGUGGGAGAGGGGAUCCAAGACCUUCAGCAGCCAUUCAUGUGCAUCAUUCUAGCCCUGGCAUACAGUGGGUGGGACUAACCAUGGCUAAGAAGAACUUUCUGGUCCAUGUUGUUGCCUCAUUCCCCAGAGACAGCCUCCCACUACAACCCAGGCCGGAUAACAGAUGCCCCUGGACAGUUAACCCAAGGGUACAUUGGCAGGAAGCUUGGCUAAGGGUUCAUGGGGCUCUCUCUGGACCAGACUACCACCACUGGGGUAGGCACUGCCCACUCCUUUGAGUAGCAUGCCCUGAUCUUGUGUGCUGAUUCAUUCUCCACCAGGCAUGCAGAGCUGGAGAGGAUCCAACAGGGCCUUUUAAAACACCCAGGGCCUGAUAUAAGGAGGGUACUGAGCCCUCACAGCUCCCAUUGACCUCAGUGGGGUUCAACACCUCCAAAAAACCCAGCCCAAGCUCGCCCCUGAGUGUAACUGUUAAGUCAGCAGAGAUACACCAGGGAGCAUUUGGCCCUCACCCCCCAAAUACCACCCCAGAGGGACUGGCAUCCAGGGCAGCUCUACUAGAGGAGGAGGGUCCCUGAACUGAGCCCCCCAAAAUGGCUAAGUGGUGCCCUCAUGUCACUCCCAUUGACUCCGCCUCUGAGGGGAGAGUUUAACCUGACGCACCUUUGGCCGUUGGUUGCCCCAUGUGAGCCUGGUGGACGCUUGGGAAGGGACAUGCGCUAGUGAGGGGUUUUGGCCACAGAGCAGGGGGUCAGGCCCCCAGAGGGGUAGGUUCAGUCUCCCGAAACAGCAUGCAGGGCAAGAGAAGGAGGAAGAUGCUACACAGGCACCAGUAACGUGUCAGGUGCACCACCAGCAGGGGGAUGCCAUGGUGCAUUUGACACAUUAUUCCCUGGGUGCCCACGGCCCUGGUUUUCACACUCGGAAUGCCUCAUUGCAUGAUGUGAGUUACCCUGGGCCUGUGAAGCACCCAGAUGUCUGGGAGAGGGCAGAACAUCUGGAUCUUAGGGUCUCGCUAACUGGGAGACUUGAGACUGACCCGUCUUUCAAGCAGCAGCCAGCACUUUCUGUCCCUGAUGUCACAUAUGUAUCCAGAUGGCAUCAGAUGCCCCCAACAUGGGCCUUUCAGAUUUGGUUUUAGGGGAGAGGGUUCUAUGAGCACCUGCCACUCAACUCAAGCCCCUGUCCCCCACCAAGAGCCCCUCCAGUUGUCUUCAUAGCGGCAUGUUUUAUGUCUGGGGCUGGCUUUUCAAAUCAAAGUCAGAAUCCCUCCCCCCAUAGCGAGUGGUGGCUAGAUGGGAUGUCAAAGCGGCAGGGCUAGCUCAGUGCCUGUCCUCAGCCAUUGGGGCUGUUCCUGGUGCACAGGCUGGGAUGCCAUUCUACACAGGUUCAGCUGCACUUGAGUACCCUCCCGACCCCAAAGCCCCCUUCUCUUCAGCCAAAUAUCUCCUCUGCCUCUUUGCAUUGGGUGGCCAGGAAAGGGGAAAGGACCCUCGCUCAUUGCUGCUUCAUGGGUGGGCGCAUAGAGCAACAUCAUGAGGGGCUGACCGUGGCCCCGACCUCAUCCUGUACCCUAGCUCUCGGUGUCUCCUGAGCCAAGAUUGCCUAGCCGUGCCAGACGGUGCGACUGCUUUGUGACAUGGGCAAACGUCUGUGAGGUACUAACUGAGAUCCCGCCCUAACUCCAUUUCCUUCCACUUCUCACCAAAGCCGGACUGAACCCCUGGGGUACAAACCAGCCUGUCGCUACCUUGCCCCCAUCUCUGUGUUUGCCUGAAGCCACGGAGCCAGGGAAUGUGUGUCCCCGCUCAGCAGCAAAUAGAAACCAAAGGCCAAGUGAGAGAAAACCAGACGUACGCUCCUAUAGAAUCUCCUUGAUUUUUGGUGUGUUGACACCUGGGCAGGAAGAGCUAGGAACGGGCAGGGGGUGGGGGGGCGUGCAUUGCUCUGCUCUGUGACACCAUAGUGUGGAGCCAAUAUACAGGAGCCACUUUGUGAGCUGCUUGUAUAACCAACUGGCUUAAGGCCCAGUGGAGUGUCCCCUGAGCUCGGAUGAGCCCUUUGUUUGAUCGCGCCCCUGUGACUGUAGCAGGCUGCUCCUUUCAGCUAGGAGAGCUCUCUGGUAGCUCACAGAGCAGGGGCUCAUGCAGAGGUUGUAUUUCCCUCCCCUGGCUGCUAGCGUGUGGCAGAGCCAGUUGCACCUGGAACAUGGACAGCGCAGCCCCAUCAGCACUGGCCAGCCAGGCUGCAUCGUCUCUGUGAGAACAGCGUCUCCUGAUCACGGCACCCUGCAGCCCCAGCCUGGGCUCCCAGAGCAAAGCCAGGCUCCUUCCCAUGCACCUGCCAUGCCCUGAAACAAGACAUUAGCCCCCUGGGGCAUUACUAGGCUAGCGCCCUCACUGUGCCCGCUUCCACCCUGGCACUACAGCUCUGUGCCUGCUGGGCAGAGCGUUUCCUGUGGUCCAGCAACAGCACAGCCCUUGUCAGAUACACCCCCCACCACACACACACUCACUCCAUGUGUGUACACAGCCACAUGCAGACACAUCCCCUCAUACCCACAAGAGAACACACACUCUUGUACGUUCACAGAUGCAUACACCAAACUGUGCACACACCUGGCCCACGUGGCUACCUCUCCUGUGAACAGCCACACGUACAUACACACACUCCCGCAUACACCCUAACACAAUCUUUGGUUCAGGGGGCCAUUUUGUGCUAAGCUACUGCCAUCACCCCUCAUCCAGGAGCCUGGUAGCACCAUUCCCCCUGUAUCCUUCCUCUGAUCCUGACACAAACUUCACCCAGCGGCCGCAGGGCCAGACAGGAGACCUGUCAGAUCACCCAGCACUAGAGGUGGCUUUUCCCCUUGAAUUCCCCUGGCACUAUAUUCGUUUUCCCUGGAGGAAAUCUUACUAGAUCCCACCAUUGCCAUGAGCACCCCAGCCCCUUUGCCCCCCAAGUUGUGUGCCCUGCAGGAGGCUGGCACUGCCAGCCUGAAGGUAUUUCAGAGGUCUCCCAGUGAAGCGCCAGCAGUGCAGAGUGCAGGUGAUGAGGUGGGGGUGGGGGAGGAGAUGGCUGGGGCAGAGUGUGCUGACAAAGUUGGGGAUGAGCUGGGGUAUGGCAGGAGAAGAAUGCAGAGGAUGAAGUGGGGGUGGGGU